GAUUGAAGCAAGUGAAUUCUGAUAAAACUCAACUUUGUUAGAGGGCUUUUUUUAAAAAAAAAAAAAGUUGAUCCACAGUGCAUCAGAGCAAGUUACUACUUUACUUUUGAGUGACUUACAGGUGCUUGCCUGCAUUGCAAUAAAGGACUCAUAUAUUGAGCAAGACUUAUUUAUCUCUUCGUUUCGGAGAGUCUAAUAAACUGUUAUUACAGUUUCUGUACUGACUUUCAAAGUUUUGAAGUCUAAAAAGACAUCUUUAAAAACAAAGACAUGAGCACGGCCAGAACAGAGAACCCUGUUAUAAUGGGUCUAUCCAGUCAGAACGGGCAGUUGAGAGGCCCUGUAAAACCCAGCGGGGGCCCAGGAGGUGGAGGCACACAAACUCAGCAACAGAUGAACCAGCUGAAGAAUGCCAACACAAUCAAUAACGGCACUCAACAGCAAGCACAGAGUAUGACCGCCGCUAUUAAACCUGGUGAUGACUGGAAGAAGACUUUAAAACUCCCUCCAAAGGAUUUGAGAAUCAAAACUUCGGAUGUGACCUCCACAAAAGGAAACGAGUUUGAAGAUUACUGUUUGAAACGGGAGCUGCUGAUGGGAAUUUUUGAAAUGGGCUGGGAAAAACCAUCUCCUAUUCAGGAGGAGAGCAUCCCCAUUGCUUUAUCUGGUAGGGAUAUCUUGGCUAGAGCGAAAAAUGGAACAGGCAAGAGUGGAGCCUACCUCAUUCCUUUACUUGAACGGCUAGACUUAAAGAAGGACAAUAUACAAGCAAUGGUGAUUGUUCCCACCCGUGAACUAGCCCUGCAGGUCAGUCAAAUCUGUAUCCAAGUCAGCAAACACAUGGGAGGUGCCAAAGUGAUGGCAACAACGGGAGGAACCAAUUUACGAGAUGACAUAAUGAGGCUUGAUGAUACAGUACAUGUGGUGAUAGCUACCCCUGGGAGAAUUCUCGAUCUCAUCAAGAAAGGAGUAGCAAAAGUUGAGCAUGUCCAGAUGAUAGUAUUGGAUGAGGCAGAUAAGUUGCUGUCUCAAGAUUUUGUUCAAAUUAUGGAAGACAUUAUUCUCACGCUACCUAAAAACAGACAGAUUUUGCUCUAUUCCGCCACGUUCCCUUUGAGUGUACAGAAGUUCAUGAAUUCCCACUUGCAGAAACCCUAUGAGAUUAAUCUGAUGGAAGAGCUGACCCUGAAGGGUGUUACCCAGUACUAUGCCUAUGUAACUGAGCGUCAGAAAGUACACUGCCUCAAUACGCUGUUUUCCCGGCUUCAGAUCAACCAGUCGAUCAUUUUUUGCAACUCCUCUCAACGGGUUGAAUUGCUAGCCAAAAAGAUCUCCCAGCUGGGCUAUUCCUGUUUCUAUAUCCACGCUAAAAUGAGGCAGGAGCACCGCAAUCGUGUGUUCCACGAUUUCCGAAAUGGCUUAUGCCGCAAUCUUGUUUGCACUGAUCUGUUUACCCGAGGUAUUGAUAUCCAAGCUGUGAAUGUGGUGAUAAACUUUGAUUUUCCAAAGCUGGCAGAGACUUAUCUCCAUCGUAUUGGCAGAUCAGGUCGCUUUGGUCACCUUGGCCUGGCCAUCAACUUGAUCACCUAUGAUGAUCGAUUCAACCUGAAAAGUAUUGAGGAGCAGUUGGGAACUGAAAUUAAACCCAUCCCAAGCAACAUUGACAAGAGCCUGUAUGUGGCAGAAUACCACAGUGAACCUGUAGAAGAUGAGAAACAGUAAACACGCAGGCUUUGAGUACACAUGCCAGAAGGUGAAGCCCUUUGAUCCGGAUCUGUGACACAUCGUUUCUUUGGGGAUACCCUUCUCUUUGUGGGUUUUUCUUCGUCUUUUCAUUUCGGAACUAUGAAGACUUAAAGAGCUCGGCCUUUUUUUCAUUCUAAAUUUGGCAGCAAGGAAGAAAGAAGAUAAAAGGAGGAAUGUCUUUUUGUUUUUCCACUUGUUUGCACUGUGUGCUGAUUGAACAUUAGUUGCACUAACUGCUGGUUUUAAAUUUUGUUUUCUUUGGGUGGGAGGGGCAGCAAGGGAAGAAGAGAAACCCUGAAAAGAGAAGAAUCUUGAUGAACACAAGCUUGUCUGCGAUUUCAAAUUCUUCAACCAUCGACUGAGUGCAUUUCAACUUCUCCCUGGUUACUCAUCUGUUUUUAAGCUAAAGAGCUUGUUACUUAUUCGUGCAAAGUGCCUUAUGCUAUGAGACCAUUCAGAAUAUCACCUUUCCGACAGCCCAAGGAAAUCAACAGCCGUUUUUGGUUUCAGGUCAAAGUUCCCCUCUCUUCCCCCUCUCCUCCUCCCGAAGUACUCAAGCCCAGGGCUGGGAGGUGAAAUGUAUUGGUAAUACUACUUUUUUU